AUGCAGGGGGUGCGGGUGUGGAAGUGGCAAGAAGGGGAGUUGAUCCACAAGCAUUUAAUAACUAUGGCACAGAUUGACCAAACUGAAAAUCCAGGGUUUCCAACAGAAGUAGACAACUACCACAGUCUUUUUCCUCUGGAACCUCCACCAGCUAAUCGGUUACAAAAAACAAGUAACUUUGGUUUUAUUACGUCCUGUUAUAAAGCUAUCAAUAGCAAAGAUGAUCUCCCAUAUUGCCUUCGCAGAAUCCAUGGCUUUCGUCUUAUCAACACAAAGUGUAUGGUAUUAGUAGACAUGUGGAAGAAGAUUCAACAUUCAAAUACAGUAACACUUAGAGAAGUAUUCACCACCAAAGCAUUUGGAGAGCACUCACUUGUAUUUGCUUAUGACUUCCAUGCUGGAGCAGAGACAAUGAUGACCAAACACUUCAACGAUCCCAGUGCUGAUGCCUAUUUCACUAAACGAAAAUGGGGCCAACAUGAUGGACCUCUCCCUCGCCAACAUGCAGGAUUACUGCCAGAAUCUCUUAUUUGGGCAUACAUUGUCCAACUGAGCUCAGCAUUGCGUACCAUUCAUACAGCAGGACUGGCCUGUCGUGUCAUGGAUCCAACCAAGAUUCUUAUAACUGGUAAAACCAGGUUACGUGUCAAUUGUGUUGGAAUUUUUGAUGUCUUAACAUUUGACAGUAGUCAAAAUAAUCCACUGGGAAUGAUGCCUCAGUAUCAGCAAGCCGAUCUGAUCUCUCUAGGAAAAGUGGUUUUGGCCUUAGCUUGCAACUCUGUGGCAGGAAUUCAGCGUGAAAAUUUACAAAAGGCUAUGGAGCUGGUGUCCCUCAAUUAUUCUUCAGAUCUGAAAAAUCUAAUUCUUCUAUUCUGUGAUCGAAAACCCUGUGUGGGCAUUCAGGACUUACUACAUUCAUGUUGUACAACUUGUUUUGCCAGGUUCCAAAAGGAUCCAACCUGGUCAGAGACAGGUGACCGAUACUUGUUAAAAUUAUUCAGAGAUCAUCUUUUUCACCAGUUGACUGAAACUGGUACUCCAUGGAUUGACCUCAGUCACAUAGUCUCCUGCUUAAAUAAGUUGGAUGCUGGUGUACCAGAAAAAAUUAGUCUUGUUUCCAGAGAUGAGAAGAGUGUUCUUGUGGUGACAUAUGCUGAUCUGAAACGUUGCUUUGAAAGCGCUUUCUCAGAACUCCUUGCAGCUUCUAAUGGACAGUUGUAGUAUUCGCUGUGCUGAGGCAAAACAUUGCCGAAGAACAAUAUAAAGAGCUAAUUGCACUACAACUGUAUUAAUGCCAUCUCAUUUCACAUUUAAAUUACAAAUGUAAAUGAGCAGCGCUGCUUGCACUUCAGUCAGGUACACUGUUACUUGAAGGAAGAACGUCCAUAUUACAGGAGCCUAGAACUGCCACCAGAAGUUGUUUCUGUGAAGACUGUUUUUAAAUUGGGAAGUGGCAUCAGAUGCAUGAUGAUCCCAGUUUUAUUUUUUCACAUGUUUAUGCACUAAUUUUAAGUUCAAGACUUGUGAUCUUUAAGGAUGUACCACAUGUAAUUUUGAUAAGGGAAAAUCGUUAUCUUUAGAAUUACCUUCUGGGUAACAGUAUAUGCCCCUAAGGAAGAUGUUGAAGUGAUUGUACUGCACGCAAGCCUAUGGCAAGGACUAGGGUGAAAAUGCCAUUGGAUAUGUUAUUUGUGAACUGAAUUCCAAUGGGUUAUAUUUCUGGCAAAAGACAUGCUGGACUUCAGACCAACUGCCAUGUGCUAUCACUUAAACCAAACUACAGAAAGCAUAUUUUUAUGGAAAUCAGGUGGAAUAUUAUAUGGACGCUAUUCUUCUAGGAACUAAACAGCUCCUGUGUGUCAGUGUUGAUGGCAUCUUUGUGAACUAUCACAGCUACACAUCUUUCAUAACAAAAUUAAAAUGUAGCUUUUUUGCUUCAUACAGUUACCAGCGCCUUUUUUUAACAACAAAUUCAGUGUAAGUAAUUGGAACAGGUAAGAUGCCUCUACAUUUAUGCAAGCUUUUUUUUAUAGGAGACUAAUUUUUAAAUUGGGUUCAAUACCUGAAAUGUCAGGAGUGGAUUAGGUUUUGUUAUGUAUCAUUUAAUUUUGUAUAAAGUUCUAUUAUUUGAACAGCAGCUUUAAUAGGGUACUUUACACUGGAUAUGGAAACAAACAACAACUUUGUCAAGUACACUUGCACAAAAACACAGCAGUUGUUUCACAGUAGUAACCUGUGCAGUUUUGGAACAAUUGGGCUGCUGUGCCUUUAUGAUACCCUCGUCCCAAAGUUGGCUUUACAAUUAGUCAUCUGAAUUACAGAUAUAUGGAACUACCUAAAGUGUGAUGUUUCAGUUUCUUAAAGUUAGAAACAAAAUCACCUUUUUUAGGGAAAUUCUUUCAUUUGCAGAAUCAAUUUCUAAAUGUGUUGUCAAGUAUUGAAACUGAACCAUCUGGGAAAUGAGGAACAUAUCAAAACAUAAUGCAACCAGUCGUAUGUGACUGCCAAUUCCAUUGGGCCAAAAUAUAGAAAUGAAUCUAAAGAAAUUUAACUCAAUAUAAUGACUUUGACAUUGUCUUUUCUUCCUGGUAUUAAAUGUUUAAUCAUAUUGACUGCUUUGAGGAAGAAAUGCUGAAACUGAGGGCAGUAUGGCCUUGAUAAUUGAAAGUCCUUUCCCAUUAGCCCAGUUUUAUAAGCAUAAAAUUCUGCAUAUUGAAUUUGUGUUGGCAACACCGUUCAUGCAAAAGGUUUGGAAUCCAAACCUGUUUGGCAACCACAAAUAGGUUCACCUGGUAACAGCAGUUAAAAUUAAUGGGGAAGGACUACAUAUAUUUGUGAUUUUGACACAUUUGUAUGCAUCCUGUGCAAAAUUGAUCUAUCAACAGGCAGUAGAAGCAAUUGCAAUGUCUCCCUCAUUUUAGCUGUAAAAGAGUUGAGGGAACUCCGCUAUGUUCUUUCAAGGAUAAUGUCCUAAGUAAAGUUGUGUCAAUAGCUCAUCUGUUUGACAGAGAAGCAGCUGUUUUUGUAUGUUUUGAGAAAAAAAACAUUCUUUUUUUAUAAAAUCAUAAAAAAACAAAAAAAAGGUAUUCUGACAAUGAGGAGAAAUACUGUAUUUAUAUCAUUCUGUGCACUUCAAAAGGUUCUUGUUUCCACAUGGUUUCUGAAUAAUUGCAGAAAGGGGAUCAUCCAUGGGUAUUAAGGGUUGGGAGUGCAUGGCCUCCUCACAUUCUUAGUAUGGACCAAUAUUUGGGUAACAGGCAGAGGUAAACAGGGCUUAAAUUUUGAUGUUUACUAAACCAGCACACUGCCUCUGGAUUAUCAAAAGCAAAAACAAAAUCCCUGAAUCUAAAAAAAACUCUGAUUAUUUUGUUCUUACCUUUUAAUGUGAUUUCAUUGUGAGGUAGUUAAUUGCCUACAAAGUUCAUUUGAAUGUAUUCCUGAUCCAGCCCAAGUCAGCAUUUGUACAUCAGAUUUUACAUUAUUUGCUCCUUUGUUACCGUAUCUAACAUUUCUAGUCACCAUGCGAUUUUAAGUCUUGAUCCAUUUAUUCAUAGAUGUCUAAUUGGGAGAGUUCCAAUAUUUUAAACUGAUUCCAGUUCAUGCAGUUAUAGAAUAUUUGCAGUCGGGCUUUGAAAUCAGUAUUGAUUUCUCAAACAUAAGAUUUUAACCAUCUGCAUUUACAUUGACACAUUGCUUUUGCAGAAAACUUUAGGAAGGCUUUGAAUAUGGUGAGUAAUGUGCAACCUUUUGAUGAUCCAGUGCCAGCCCUUGAAAUCACAUGGUGACUUCAAUUUUUGAAAUCAUGUAUGGUUUGAAAAUUCAUUUCAGUUAUAUACAGGGUUUUCAGUUGCCUAAUGCUGUUUAAAACAAUCCAAAUAUGUAUUACUAAAAGCUUGUUUUAUGUAUUAUGUUGGUAACAGUUUUUGUUUUGUACGAAAACCUUGUAAGCAUAUUCUGCACACGUUCCACUUCGGCCUUAUUUUGUUUAUUUGUAAAGAAAAAUGUCCUUAAACAGCUAUCACAAAAGUAUCAAUCGGUUUUGUCUGUAUGACCCCUCGUCAAUGUUAAAUGUUACCACAUCUGAUUUAAGCCUUUGUGUGUACAGCAGUAUUUUAAUAAAGAAUACCAGAAUUCAA